UAGCGUCGAAUAAUUUUUCCUCAAUGACGCCGUCCCACCAAAGCCUCGUGUUUCUCUCUACGCCACUUAGCCCGCUCGUCUAGGGUUUUCUUUUCAACUGCUCCAUUUCUUUGGUGUUGCUUUGCUUCGCGUGAAGAAGCCGGCUGUUGUUUCUCUUCACGGCCAUUUCCUCGUCGCUUCUUCGCCUCGUUCGACGGCGUCGGAUUGGAGCUCACGACGGGAGCUCGCUCGUGGCGAAGAAAGCAUGGGAUCACUUUGUUGCAGGCAAAGUUCUUUUAAUGAUGCCAAUGCUGAAGAAAAUGCACGGGCUUUAGAAAUUGAGAGACGGAUCACCCAGGAAACAAAAGCUGAGCAACACAUACACAAACUUUUGCUUCUCGGCGCUGGAGAAUCUGGAAAAUCAACCAUAUUUAAGCAGAUAAAACUUCUUUUCCAAACUGGCUUUGAUGAAACAGAACUCAGAAGCUACACACCAGUUAUAUAUGCCAAUGUUUAUCAGGCAAUUAAAGUACUAUAUGACGGAUCAAAGGAGUUGGCCCAAAAUGAAUCGAACUCCUCAAUUUAUGCUGUUUCUCUUGAUAAAAAGGAAAUUGGUGAAAAGGUUUCUGAAAUUGGGAGCAGGUUGGAGUAUCCUAAUCUGACUAAAGAAACUGCAAAGGAGAUAGAAGCUCUAUGGAAUGAUGCUGCCAUUCAGGAGACUUAUUCUCGUGGAAAUAUUCUACAAAUCCCAGACUGUACUCUAUAUUUCAUGGACAAUUUGGGAAGAUUGUCUGAAACUGAUUAUGUUCCAACUAAGGAGGAUGUUCUUUAUGCCAGAGUGCGGACAACUGGUAUUGUUGACAUCCAGUUCAGCCCUUUUGGAGAAAGUAGAAAAAGUGGGGAAGUUUAUAGGCUUUUUGAUGUUGGAGGCCAGAGAAACGAGCGGAGGAAGUGGAUUCAUCUAUUUGAAGGUGUUACAGCUGUAAUCUUUUGUGCUGCAAUUAGCGAGUAUGAUCAGACACUUUAUGAGGAUGAAACAAAGAAUAGGAUGAUGGAGACAAAAGAGCUUUUUGACUGGGUUCUCAAGCAAGCUUGUUUUGAGAAAACAUCAUUCAUGUUGUUCCUAAACAAAUUUGAUAUAUUUGAAAGAAAGGUGCAAAAAGUCCCCUUAAAUGUUUGUGAGUGGUUUAAAGAUUAUCAUCCUAUGACAUCAGGGAAGCAGGAGGUUGAACACGCAUAUGAGUUUGUUAAGAAGAAAUUUGAGGAACUCUACUUCCAGAGCACGAAACCGGAUCGAGUCGAUCGAAUGUUCAAGAUCUACAGGACAACUGCCUUGGAUCAGAAGCUCGUAAAGAAAACCUUCAAGCUAGUUGAUGAGACCUUGAGGAGGAGAAAUCUCAUUGAGGCUGGCUUGCUAUGAGUACCAAAUCUACAGUGUUAUUGGUGUGCUCUUUUAACACUCCAUUUGUGAUUCUUUUUGCUUGCAGCUGUUUUUUGUUCGUCUUUUGGGCUUAAUCUUCUUGAUAAAGCUGAGGUUACAAUGCUUUCUUUUGUCUCUCGGCCUCUUUGGAUAAAGAGAAAGGAAUAUUACGGCAUUUAUUAUUAUUUUUUUAUUUUUAACUUGUUAUUUAGAACAAAUUGGGAAGAGAUUUUGAACUGGGCUAGUUGUUAUUUGGAUUCUCAUUGUUCUUUGAGCUGUUGUUUGGGCAUUUCCUAUUCAAGUCUCAUUUGUAAUAUAUGAAUAGUAUGCCAGUUUUUAAAUUUGUAGUUCAAAUCAUGUUUAUUGGAA